ACUUCAAAAUGAAAAACACUACAAAAAUGUUCACAAAGAAACGUUAAAACCAUUUUAGCCAUACUUUCCAAACUUUAUCUUAAUAACAGCAACAAAAUCCUUAACAUUCACUAAAGGAUUCAUAUAGAAGUGUAAAACUUAAAGAGCAACAAACAUAUUGCAAAAGCUCACAAUAAAACAAAAAACAAUAAACAUUUAAAAAAAUCCACAAAAAAAUAUAUAAAAAUUUUUUUUCGCGCAAACGGUUUUAAAUAAAAACAUUCAAAAUUAUUCUCGAAAUGGAUAUGACUUCAACAGCGGAAGCUGCCGCUCGCAGUUGGUACGAUAAUCCGCGUUUAGGUGGCUCCCCACAAACAAACGGUCUGGGUUCCGCUGGCAGUGGCCUUGUCGGUCAUCACAGUCUAACCGGCGGAGCGUCAUUAGGCGGCAGUGCGGCUGGCCUGGGCAGUGGCAGCGGUGGCGGCGGUGGUGGCGGUCUUGGUCUAGACUCCACUGAUAUGAGCGCCUUCUACGCACUUGAAAGCAAUGGACAUCACAGAAGAUACUAUUCCAGCUAUCAUCAGCACACAUCCCGUAUGGCAUCAUCGCAUACAUCACCUCAAGUGUGUCGGCCCCACUUUCAUCCGCCCCUGAGUUCAUGGCUUACCAGCGAACAUAAAUCAUUUGCGCCUGCCAGCCCAUGGGGUAGUCCGUUUGCAUGCCCUCAAGAUCCGCAAGUUGACCAUAAGGUCGGACAGAUUGGCCAAAGUCAUCAAACGACAACGGGCCAACAUUCAUUUCCGUUCCCACCAACACCGCCAAAGGAUUCAACACCCGAUUCAGUACAAACCGGUCCAUCGGAAUAUCAGGCAGUUGUAAAUGCCUUCAUGCAUCAAGCACAAGUUAGUGGCGCUACCUCACUAUCAGAUGCAAGUUGUGCGUUGGACAUAAAACCCACAAUACAAAAUGGCAGUAGCGGUUCACACAAUGGCAGUCAACAGUCGUCGGCGCCGAAACAACGUGAAGGUACUAAUAAUACAAAUAACAACAAUAACAAUAAUACAACAAAUAAUCACAAUGCACAAAAUAACAACAAUAAUGCCGGCAAUACAAAUUCAGCGCUUAACGGCAGUGGAGGCCUAUUUGACAACACAGCGCAAGCGCAUUAUGCGAAUAGUCUGGGUAAUUUAGGUGGUUGUGCUGGUGUUUCCGGUGUUGCUGGCAGCACGGGUAGCAGCAGCACUGGCGGUGGCUAUGACGGUUCAUACGCCUCAUAUGCGGUACAUCAUCAUGCUAGCGCGGCGGCAGCGCAUCAUCAAGCGGCCGCUGCUGCUGCAGCUGGUAUGUUUCAAAGUUCCUCCGCUGCAGCUGCGGCUGCAGUACGACACAGUAUGUCCGGUGGUGGCCAUCAUGGUCAUCACGGUGUGGGAAGUUCGGGUGGUUUAGGUGGUAUCGGUGGCAACAGUCAAAACAGUGUAGUCGAUGUGAAACCGGCGAGAACGAAACCAAGGACUAGUGCUGGUAAGCAAGACAAAAUUUGA